UUGGUGAAUAUAAAGAAACACCAAUCUGUAAUAGGUCCCUAUAAAGUUGAAGUAUUUAGUAAACGAUGUAAAACCCGAGUCGUGUUGCUAGCGUGUCCUCCCCUCCAGGCCAAACUGUGAUGGACUGCUCCCACGUGUGCAUCACGCAUGGGGUUCCGCAGCGAGCCGUGAACUUUUAACUUUAAAGCGUUGAAAAGUUGUAGCUUUGUCCCCCAAAAUGUUGUUUGCCAAAGAUGUGCCAUGGCGGUGUUUAGAGGGCAUGUCGUUCAGCCUGUUCUCAACCGAAGAAAUAAGGAAGUUAAGUGUGAAGGCGAUCACUAACUCGAACUUCCUGGACUCUGUUGGGAAUGUGGCCCUCAACAGCCUGUAUGAUCUGGCUCUGGGACCAGCAGACACCAAGGAGGUUUGUUCCACCUGCUGCCAGGAUUUCAACAAUUGUCCCGGACACUUUGGACAUGUGGAGCUGCCUCUACCUGUCUACAACCCCCUGUUCUUUGAUAGACUGUACCUGCUGAUCCGAGGGACAUGCUUGGCCUGUCAUAUGUUGUCCUGCCCACGCACUGCCAUCCACCUGCUGCUGAACCAGCUCAGGUUAGUGGACCAUGGAGCCAUGCAGGAGGUCUAUCAGACCGAACAGGUCCUCAGCCGGUUCCUGGAGGAGAACCCCAAAGCCACUGGGGAUGAGGUUGAGCAGGAGCUGAAGGCAUUCACGGACAUGAUAGUUGGAGCAAACACUGAAGUUUCAGAGAACUCUAAACCUGUGAGCUCUCAUUCCCUCCCUCUCUUUCUUUCUCUCUCUGACUUUCUCUCGGUCAUUCUCUCUUUACCUACCGCCUCUGAUUUGAUUCUGUUUUGUUUAUGUAGCCUUUAUUUAUCCAGAUGAGUCGAUAGAGAACUCAUUCUCAUUUACAACGACGACCUGGCCAAGAGGCAGCAGCAACAGACACAUAGUUAGCUUUACACUAAAGAAAAAACAUAUAAGAUCCUCCUUGAACCGCCACCUUAUCGUGGUGGAGGAGUUUGAGUGCCCCUAGAAUCCUAGGAGCUAUGUUGUCAGGGACACUUUGUGCCCUUGGUAGGGUCACCCAUGGCAAACUGGUCCUGCGUGAAGGGUGAGACAAAGUGCGGUUCAGAAGACUCUUUGUGGAAGUGAGAUCAAAGAGCCAGCGUACCCAUCC